CUUCAAAGAAGAAGAACACGAAGUAGUUCUUAAGCAGUUCUGUUGUUCACACCAACAGUUUUCGUCUUGCUUUUGUUUUGGAGACAUAUCGCUAUAGUCGAAAUCUUUGUGACAGGAAAGCAUCACAAGACCAACAGGCGAGCCUCAGUGUAGCCGAAACUGAGUUAUAGCUAUGGCAGUACGAACACUGAUUGUGCCACGGUUGUUGCUGGGUACCCACAUUACCAGAGGAGCGUUCCCCAGACAAAGUCGUUUGCUGUCCACUGGCCAUCUCCAAGGAAGGACAGAGAGUCGUCCGGAGCUCGGAGUCUUCACACGUUCUUCCAUCGGUACAUUCUUUCAGGACAGGCCACUUCUGAAGAACCCAUUUCUUGAAGAUGCUUUACUCCAAAAAUACCUCAGUAGGAACCUGCCGCCUCAGAUUUUGGGCACCAUCAGAGCAGACCUGGCUCAGUUUGGGAAGCGGAUUGUGACAGAGUUGGAUGUCCUGGGCCAACAGUGUGAGGACAGUCCUCCUCGUCUGCAGCACUAUGAUGCUUGGGGUUGUCGUAUCGACCGUAUCCUUACCUGCCCUGCCUGGGCCCGCAUGAAAGAGAUCUCUGCCCAGGAAGGCUUGGUUGCAGCUGGCUAUGAGAGGACAUAUGGCGAGUGGAGCCGAGUUUUCCAGAUGUCGAAAAUAUAUCUCUACUCCCCCUCUGCUGGGCUCUACACAUGUCCAUUGGCAAUGACUGAUGGGGCAGCCAAAGUUAUUGAGUCCUUGGGGAUGACAUGGCCUCUGGAGAAGGCAUUUCAACGGCUCACAUGUCGUGAUCCACAGCGAUUCUGGACAUCAGGACAGUGGAUGACUGAGCGGAAAGGGGGCUCGGAUGUGGCUAACGGGACGGAGACAGUUGCCUUACCCCAGGCUGACGGGACCUACAAAUUGUAUGGCUUCAAGUGGUUCACUUCUGCCACAGAUGCAGACAUGACCCUCACACUGGGGCGGGAGCUAGAUGAAGAAGGAUUCCCCAAGCAGGGGAGCAAAGGUCUAUCUCUGUUCUAUGCAGAGGUGCGGGAUGAGCAGGGGAAUCUGAAUGGCAUUGAGGUCCAGCGGCUGAAGGACAAACUGGGGACGAGGCAGGUGCCCACAGCAGAGCUGCUGUUGGAUGGCCUCCCUGCGCAUAGGAUCUCAAGUGAAGGGAGGGGUGUGGCCUCAAUCUCCAGCAUGCUGACGAUCACCCGCAUCCACAACACAGUCUCUGCAGUGGCUGCUAUGAGGAGGAUCAUUCAGCUGGGAAGGGAAUAUGCUGCAAAGCGCUUUGUCUUUGGGAAGUUCCUGAGGGACCAUGCCCUUCAUGUACAGACCAUGGCUAGAAUGGAGGUGGAAACCCGUGGGGCCUUCCUGCUUCUGAUGGAGGUGUGUCAACUCCUAGGCAGAGAAGAGUGCGGAUUGACAUCUGAGCUGGAUUGCCACCUACUCCGUCUUCUCACACCUGUGGCCAAGCUCUACACCGGGAAACAGGCUGUUGCUGUUGUUUCUGAGGGCCUGGAGUGUUUUGGGGGCCAGGGGUACAUGGAGGACACAGGCUUACCCAGAAUGUUACGGGAUGCACAGGUGUUAAGUAUUUGGGAAGGGACCACAAAUGUCCUGUCUCUGGAUGUGCUUCGCUGUUUAGCCAAGAGCAAUGGUCAGGUACUGGAGGCAUUUUACUCUCAAGUCAAGAUAAAGCUAGAAGCUGCCUCAGGAAACCAGGCUCUGGCUUCACCAGUGAUGGCUGUGGACUGUGCCCUCUCCAAGCUGGGCCAAUUUGUACAGGUGGCAGCUCGUGGGGCCACCAGUUACCUGGAGCUGGCAGCUCGAGACCUGUCAUGCAGCCUAGCACGCAUCUACAUGGGUGCACUUUUGAUAGAGAAUGCCACUUGGGAGGGGGCAUCUGACUCGGACAUCUAUGCUGCUACACGGUGGUGUGAACAGGACCUUUGUCCAGUGGUCAAUAACAAGGACCAUGGCUGGUACAACCCUGAGACACCAGACAAGGAUGCAAUGCUGGUGUAUGAAGUGAGCCCCCACCAUGGUCAAUCAAUGGCAGGAGAAUAACUGAUCACAUGGAUAGUUACUAGAUAAUUACUCCUGACUAGCGGAUAGUCACACAGGGUCUGUUGCAAAAGUUGAAAUUUAAAGACUGAUAAUGAUCAUGAAGUCAUUCUUCUCAUUUCUUAUUUUCUUCUCAAGACGAUUUGGCAGAAUCACAAAAUAAUAAAAUGGCAAAUGCUGUGUGAAUGUUUUAUAUUAAACUUGAAUUAUAUUUUAAAAUAUAUUACAUUAUACAUUUCUUUGCCUAUUUGAACAUAUAUGUACCGUUCAUGAACUCAUAUCAAUAAAUUCAUGAACAAUGGCAGUGUUCUUUCCGAACACUGAUUUUUAAGAUGACCUAGUAAACUUCAUAUUUUUUUGACACUUGAAAUUAUUUUGAGUUCAGCAAUGAAACAAUUAUGGAAGUGUUUGGCUUAUGUGUAAUUACUGUAACUUUAAAACCCAGGCUAUUUUUAAGAAUUUCAAUCUGUUUUCCAUUGUGUUAAAUAAAACCCAGUAUCACCUUGUGA